GCCAAGAUCCGAAUGCCGCGACUGCGGCCACUCUGGCCGCCUUCUAUGCUGCCGCGGCGUGCACGUCACAUCCGGGAGCGCAUCCGGGUCUGGCGAGUCCGAUCACAGCCACUGCUCCCGCCUUUCCGCUCGGCCUCAAUCUGGGCCUCAGCCUGGGCCUUGGUCUCGGCCUCGGGCACGGCACUGGUCCAGGCGGUGGCGCGACUCCCGCCUGUCUCUCGGGCCCCGCCAGCGCACUCGCCAUUGGCUCCGGCUCGCCCGGCGCCUCGGUCUCACCCGGCGCCGGUCUCAACGGAGUGCUCUCGGGCCCCGGUCCGCUCUCCGCCGGCCUGCCCGCCUCCACCACCGCCUGCUCCUCUUCUCGCCUCGCCGGUCUGCAGGCCGUCGUCUCCACGUGCGGCGGACUCAUGCUCGGCGGCGCACCGACGCCGCCCGGCCUCGUCUCCAACUGCGCCGGCAGUCUCGCGGGCCCGCUGCUCGCCUGCGGCCAGCUGGCCGGGCCAGCCGGUCUCCAUGGCGCCGUCGUGCCGCCCAGCUCUCCUAUCGCCAGCGCCGGCGGCCACAUGUCCGCCUGUCCCGGCAGCCCCGGCUCCUCCGUCGCCACCAGCAACGGCGCGAGUCUGGCUCCUGCGGGCGCCCUGCUCGCAGCCAAUGGAGGCGGCGCGACCACGCCGGUCGGACAAUUGGCGCCGCCCACGGCCUACUCGCAUCCGCAUCCACAACUGGCCGCCGCCACUCACCUGUCGCCAUAUUUGGCCGCAGUCUCGGCAGUCGCGGCCGCCGCAGCUGUUGCACAUAAUCCCACGGGACUUGCGGCCGCCGGUACUAUUCAACUCCUUCUUUUGCCUUGUACAAUAUUACAUGAUUUAUCUAUCAAAACAACCCGCUUCGCGUUCCAAUAACUAA